AAAAUAUGAAAAUAGAAUGGAUUUAAAGUUAUCAUUUCAUAUUUUUUGUGUAAGUCUCGUUGUUUAUGUGUAUGGGCAGGAAGUAGCUGUAUCUUCAACGGCUGGUGAAUUCAUAGGCACAACCGAGGAAACGACAUUCAGCGGGGUACAAUAUAAAAUAAAACAAUUUUUAGGAAUUCCAUAUGCAAAACCACCAGUUGGGGACUUAAGAUUCAGAAAGCCAGAACCUUUACCAAAGCUACAAACACCAUUCCGUGCUACUAGAUACGGAUUUAUCUGCCCGCAGAUUAUUCUCCCGAGUAAACCAUUAGUAGGGACACAAGAUGAAGAUUGCCUGCAUCUUAAUAUCUUUGUUCCAACACAAACGCCUGAUAAUACAAAUGGACAUGCUGUUAUGGUUUGGAUUCACGGAGGAGGGUUCAUUUUAGGUUCAUCCGAUGAGUAUGACAGCAAAAUAUUGUCAGGUUUCGGAAAUGUCCUUGUAGUGACAAUUAACUACAGACUCGGUCCACUUGCAUUCUUCAGUACAAUGGACUCGAAUUGUCCAGGUAACUUCGGAUUAUGGGAUCAGAUGUUGGCUUUAAACUGGAUACGAGAUAAUAUUGGCGCCUUCGGUGGUGAUGUUAACCGCAUUACUAUUUUUGGUGAAUCAGCUGGGGCGAUAAGUGGCGAAAUGCAAGGUAUGAAACGAGAAAAUAUUGGUGUGAUCCAUAGAAUUAUUGCCUCAAGCGGAUCACCCUCUGUAAGGUCUAUGAAUUGUUCUAGAAAUACACUGACUGGCGCCAGAGUUAUGGCGGGAAAGGUUGGAUGUGAUUUAAAAAGCACUGCAGAGAUGAUUGAAUGCGACCGUAACAUCACCUGGCAAGAUUACAUGGGAGCAAUAAAUGCAUUAAGCCAAGAUUCAAAUAGUAUAGAAUAUUUUAUAUUUGACCCAGUCGUUGAUGGAGACUUUAUUAAAGAUGAGCCUAGAGAUUUGUAUGAAAGAGCAAAAACACAGACUAUUGAAGAGCUUGAAGUUUUUAAAUCCUUUGAUUUGUUAUCAGGAAUGAACGCAAACGAAGGUGGAUAUUACUUGAUGUAUUUUGUAGAAGACGUAGAUAAGUUUAUGCCAACAAGAGAAGAGAUGAGAAAUGUGUACAUACCGGCAGCACUGAAUUUGGUCUACAACAGAACAUUCCCUUCAGCUAUAAAGCAAGUUAUUGAAAAUGAAUAA